AUGGAGACCGGCGAGACCGGCCCACCCCCACCAUCGGCGUCCGCGGCGACGAGCGUCCCGAUUGGGACAAAGGAGACGCAAGUCCCUAUCGCCGCCGCGACCUACGCCACCGCCGCGAUUCAAAAGACCAAGCAGACUCCCGAGCAGCAGACCCAACAACAACACCGUGCCAAGGCUUUGACCCAAAUGUUCGAAGUCAUGGGUGCUGUACCGGGCAAUCACACCGACCGGUGGUUGCAAGCCACCUUCGCCACCGACGAGUACCCUGUCGCUACCGCUACAUCGCUCAAGUAUUCGGCUCUCAACGCCAAUCAAUCCAUUUGAAACAUCUUCGACUUUGCUCUCGACGUCACUUUGACCGUCCAAGGCACCUCAAAGGCCUCUCCCGCGGACAAGGCCGAUCUGCUCGGUUGCGUCACGAGACUGGUCUCCCCGCAAUCGCCCCUGUGCUUCGAUGCCAAGGUCACCCUUCCCGAGCACCUUGCGGCGUUUGCGCCCCAGAUUAGGGGUAUCCAACACUCGUCUUUCGUCAGGGCCGGUGUGGUCAACCACUGUAUCUCCGUGGGAUUCGUUUCGGCGAAGGCACGUGACUCGGCGCUUACUUGGCACUCUGCAAAGGCUCACUUCGCAAAGGCCCACCACUUCUACCACAACAUGGUCGAGCUGCGUAUCAACGUCGGUGUCGCAGCGGUCCCAUCCAGGGAUGCCAUUGUUGACUCUUUUAAAUCAAUUGUCACCAAAAUCACAGCCAAGGGACACCGUUGCGAGCUGGUACAAGUCUUGCGCGUGAUCCACGUCAAUAACGACUCAGCCUAUGCACACUUGGCCGGCGAGUUUUUGGCCUUUAUCCGCUUCGACAACGACGCCCUUUUCAAAGCCCCUAACAACACGCUGAAGGAGCUCCUACCGUCGAAGGUCUCUCUAGCCACUAGAGGCAACAUGCAUACGGCGGUUCGUCACGACUACGAACGAGAAGCGGCCUGUGCUCGGUGCCACUUUGUGGGGCAUGUGGAGACCUGCGCGCUGGAACAGGAGAGGAGGCAGAAGGAAGCGAACAACAACACCGGAAGGCACAACAAGUACCACAACAACCCAACCAACACCAACAACAACAACAACGACACCACCAACACCAACAACACCGACAACGACACUUCCGAGGUUGUGGCCCCUAGCCGCGCCCUCGGAACCGACCAACUCGAAUCGCGGAACCGAUUUGCGGGGCUCGAGGUCGAAGGAGGACAGAAGGAUGACGUCGAGGAGGAGGAUGCAGGAAAGGAGGGCGAGGAAAAGGAGACGAGGAUUCGGACUCGGAUGGGAACGCCGGAGCGGGCAUCGACAAGGCGGGAGGCGACGACAAGGACAAACAGAACGACAGCUCGGAGGGAAGCGAACAAAGGGAGGACGAAGGAAACGAUGGGGAUGACGUGAUGAAAGAUGGAGCAGAGGAGGAGGACGAAGGGACGGAGACGGAGGUGGAAGAAGAGGUCGAGCAGGAACAAGGGGUACAGGACGACAGCAUCAUGAUCAUCGACGACGACCAAAUGACGAUCACCACGGUUUCCCGCGAGUCGACUCCUUGGAGUCCCUCGUGGCCUCCACUAUCUCCUGAGACGUUGGCAAAGUUGCUGCGCGAGGGUGCGGAGUGGGAUCGAGCUAACGCCGAAGCUGCUGCACGUGUCCAAGCAGAAAAGGAGGCGAUCAUCAACGCCCAACUCGACGCGGAGGAACCGCUCGUUCGCCACCAAUUUGCAGAGUGUGGUCAGGAAGAUGGACAACUACGAUUCAUCAACAUUCGUGGCACCGGCUCCGGGUCGAACAAGAAGAUGAAGAGGUCGCAAACGGUGGCCGAUCUCAGCGAUCCGAGCGACGACCCGGUCGAUAUCAAGCGCGUUCUGAACAGGGUCAAAGGUCGAGCAGGAAAGGAGGUAGCGGGUCAGGGGAAGAGGGUGACGAGGUCGAUGUCGGCGGCGGCGGCGAUGCAGGUCGAGGGGGCCAAGGCGAAAGCGGAGAAGGGUAAAGGGGUGGAGGAGGAGAAGCGCUGGUCCGACCACGAGCCCGAGGAUGACAUUCUCCCCGAAUUCCCACUCUUUGAGGACGACACUACCGCCAAGAGCACGUCUACAUCGUCUAUCCAAUAAUGAUCAAGCACACCAUCACCAGCUGGAACGUGAGGAGGUGCAUGGGGAUCCCGGAAAAGCGACGCAACAUUUACACCUAUUUAUCAACAUUCAAAGCAUCCGCCAUUCUACUACAAGAACACUUCAUCAAACCGGAACUCUGGCAAUGUAUCAAGGACGAGUACGAGGGCAAGGUCUUCAUCAGCAAACACUGUCUGACUCUGAUCCCCGCCGACUCGCCCCUGAUCGAUGCCGAGAUUUUGCGCACCCACUCGGCACUCGACGGACGAAUCCUGGUCACCUCCUUUCGACUUCGAGGCGACAUCCGGAUACUCGAGAUCAACAACAUUUACGCACCAGUCGAUACAAAACAACGACUCACAUUCUUUGACAAACUACAUUUCCACAGGACGCAGAGCACCCACCUUCGACUCCUCGGCGGCGAUCUCAACGACUGCCCGCUGCCGGCGAUCGAUCGGCGGAACCAAGGUCGGCACGGCCAUCACUGGCCGAUCCUGAUCGGCAAGCUCGACUCGCCCUACACCGACUGCAUACGAUUCAAACACCCGCUCACACCAUCUUUCACUCGACCCAACAUUGUCCGCAAGCGACCAAAGUCCUUUUCACGACUUGACUACUUCCUUCUGCAGCGCACCCACCAAAAGCGACUCGUCCAAGCCUCGACGAUCUACGACCACCCCAAGGACCUUUCGGAUCACCAACCGGUCUCAAUCAUCCUAGUUCUCUCGGAUGAGCGAGGAGACGCGGCUCAACCCAACAACAGUUUACCAACGACAUCAAACCAAUUACAUCGUAUCAACGCGGCGACCUUCAAGACGGCGGAGUUCCAGGGGAUGUUGGAAGGAUGGUUGGAAGGAGCGAGUGGGGAGGAACCGGUGGGGGAGCUCUGUGAGGAAUCCACUCUCCGCUCGGCUCAGGACUUAGGCGCGCGGAGCGAACCGGGCGCGGACUUAGGCGCGCGGAGUGAGCCGGGCGCCCCGGCCCAGGACUUAGGCGCGCGAAGCGAGCCUGGGACUUAG